UGUUCCGGAACCACAGGAAACCAAAGUACUGCCUCUGAAGACAGAAUGGCCAGCAGCACGUUGAAGAGGCGUUUAAGAGAGGCUGUUCAAGUGCUGGGCGGUGGCACUUGUCUGUUUUUCACCUACUGCACUGCUAUUGGGGAUGAGAAGUUUUAUGCCAAACAUCUGAUGCCUACUCUGCGGAAAUUUGUGGAUCCAGAAACCGCACAUACUCUUGCCAUCCGGUUUAUUUCCUGGGGAUUAAUCCCGUGGGCAAAAUGCAGGGAUUCCCCUGCUCUGGAGGUAAAUGUAUUUGGCCAAAAGUUCAAAAACCCUGUGGGAAUUGCAGCAGGGUUCGACAAACAUGGGGAGGCAGUGGAUGGCCUUUACAAGAUGGGGUUCGGAUUUGUCGAGGUAGGAAGUAUCACGCCACAGCCCCAGGAAGGAAACCCCAGACCCAGGGUCUUCAGACUGGAGCCUGACCAGGCUGUCAUCAACAGGUAUGGUUUUAAUAGUCAUGGUUAUGUUGCUGUAAAGCAGAGGCUUCAAGCUCGUUUGGAAGCGCAGGAACAAUUUACGAAAGCGGGGAGACCUUUGGGUAUAAACCUUGGCAAGAACAAGCUGUCUCGGGAUGCUGCAGCCGAUUAUGUGGAAGGAGUCCGGCAGCUGGGUCCACUAGCUGACUAUCUGGUUGUGAAUCUGUCUAGUCCCAACACCCCAGGUUUAAGAGCACUUCAGAGCAAGGAGGAGCUGCGGAACCUGUUGGAAAAGGUGUUGAAGGAAAGAGACGCUCUGAAAGUCAACCGGAAGCCAGCUGUACUUUUAAAAAUUGCUCCAGAUCUGACAGCUCAAGAUAAAAAAGACAUUGCUCGUGUUGUAAUAGAGCUGGGAGUUGAUGGUCUAAUCGUGACAAAUACUACAGUCAGCAGGCCACAAUCCCUUCAAGACCCACUACAGAUUCAGCUUGGGGGCUUGAGUGGAGCACCACUGAAGGAAAUGUCAACACAGACUGUGAAUGAGAUGUAUUCACUAACCAAAGGAAGAGUUCCUAUUAUUGGGGUGGGUGGAAUCAGUAAUGGAGCUGAUGCCCUUGAGAAGAUCCGAGCAGGAGCCACUUUGAUCCAGUUGUACACAGUCUUCAUAUAUCAAGGACCCCCUGUGGUAAACAAAAUCAAACACGAACUAGAGCAGCUGUUAAAGGAACAAGGAUUUUCCAGUAUUGCUGAAGCAGUGGGUGCAGAUCACAGGCCUCAAGAGAUACAGCUACCAGCACUUGCAAUGGACAAUGUUCGAGUUGGACCUGUUGCUGCUAUCAAGGCAGCUACUGCAUAAGUCACAUGUUGACAAAAGAGAGCGACAGGGUGAUUAGAAUAUGAACCCAGGUGAUAACUGACACCUACUGGUGUUCAAACUGAUGACCAAGCAGAAUGAGGAGACCUCAUGGCUUCACAGCAACAUAUCCUGGAUAAGCUCUUGGGGAUUGCUAAGGAUUGAAGUUUUGUGCUAAUUAAUGCCAUGAAAUCAGUUUAUAGCUUGUUAAGUUUGACUGUCAGUCCAAGGAGUUAUAAAAUGUAGAAGUGGGUUUCUUGUGAACACGAAUUUUCAAAAAUAGACUGACUACAUAAAUAAUGUUCUCCUCACCCACCAAAGCAAGAUGGUAAAGAUAUUUGUGUUCCAUGUACUAUAGUUGGAUCAAUAAAUCAAUCUGUGGAUGUCAUAAAUAACAUGUCACAGUUACAUCAGCAACACAAAUAGAGAUGGGGGAAGCUGAUGGUUGAUGUAGUUCCUACUUCAGUCUAACUUUGUGAUUCUCCCCUAUUAGAGCAUUCAGAACUUACCCAUUACUUUAUCUGCAAGACCCCCCUGCCAUUCCAAGAAUUAAUUGCUUUAUAAUCACACCUCAAUUUGUUCCUUUGUCCUGAGGUUGUACUUUUGAAAUAUUUCUCAGCUAGUAUGCAGGUACAGUAAGUGAUUAGAAAGGCAAAUGACUGUUGGCAUUUAUUGCAAGAGGAAUGGAAUAUAAAAGUGGGAAGUUUUAUUGCAGUUGUACAGAGCCUUGGUGAGACCACAUCUCGAGUACUGUGUACAGUUUUGGUCUCCUUAUUUGAAAAUAUAUAAUUGUUUUAGAAACUGUUCACAGAAGGUUCACUCAACUCAUUCCUAGGAUGAGGGGCUUAUCUUAUGAAGAAGGGAUGAACAGGUUUGGCCUAUACCCAUUGAUGUUUAGAAGAAUGAAAGGUGAUCUGAUUGAAGCAUAUUAGAUUCUGAGGGGACUGAAGAGGAUGGAUACCCGGAGGGUGUUUCCUCUUAUGGGGGAGACUAGAACUCAGGGUCUCCCUUUUAAGAGAGAUGAAGGGAAUUUUUUCUCUGUGGGUCAUUAGUCUGUGGAAUUAUCUUCUCCAGAAAGUAGUGGAGGCUUUAAAUUUAUUUAAGGCUGAGUUAGGUAAAUUUUUGUUCGAUAGGGGAGUCAAGGGUUAUGGGGGCAGACAGCAAAUUGGAGCUGACUACAACCAGAUCAGCCAUGAUCUAAUUGAAUGGCGGAGUAGGCUCGAAGGGCCAAAUGGCCUAAUCCUUCUAAGUCCUAUGUAUAUUCCCAGUGGGGUCAUUGCUCUGAGGUACUGGCAAACACAGCCUGAAGUUUAUGCCAAGAUCAUGUCCUGUAGAAGUUAUGGCCAGAAUCUCAAAUAGGGAAUCCUUUCUCACCCCUUUUCAAAGCUAAAGUGUUCUAUCCUUUCCUAGUAACUCAGUCCUCUGACAGGAAUGACUUCAAGGCAUCUCCUUGCACUAUCUCCUGGAGUUACGUUCUGGCCUUGUGUCUCGCUGUCCAGACUGGCUCGUACACAAACUCUGGCCUGAUCAGAGUACGAUACAGUUUCAACAUGACUGCCCAAACAUGCACUCUACUGACUGAGUAAAUUAAAAAUUUAAAAUUCCACCUCAUCCACUUUUGAUGCUUGUUAUAUGACAAUUAUUAAUAGAACUGAUGAGCAUAAGAAGCAUAGCAUACAUAUGGUAAUAGGUCAUAUUUUAUGCAUAUACUGUAUAUUGCAUUACUGCUACUCCUCAGCACUGAUUUCCCCACUGUGGUACUGUCCAGCUUGACUUUCAUAGGAACUUCCCAUGCUGAUUAUUCAAUGGUCUCACUUUCCAAGUGGUACUGACAUUCAGCUCAAGCAAUGGUGGCUCCUAGGAGUUGUUUUACUGGAAGAUGCACACCAAAUUGCAUUGUGGGUUGGACUUGUCAUUUGGGAGGCCUCUUAAUGUGAUGGUACAGCUGGCUAAAUGGGAUUUUGACAUUUAGGGACAUGGAAGUAGGUACUUGGAGUUCAGAGUUAUACCCACUGGGAUCACACUCCUGCUUACAGAGGAGGAGAGGGAAAUACUCAGAACAGAUUUCAUCGCCAUUUUCUAGUGCUGGUAAAUUUAUUGAAAUCUUUUUCAUAGCAUGAUUUUGGGAUUCAGAUUUGCAACCUUUGGGUUGCUUGUCCAAUACAACCAGUUAGUGUACCUAUUCAAAUAGACAUGGCUGUGCUAAAAUACAAUCGAAUCUGCAUGGUAUUUUCCCUUUACCAGGUUCUAAGUGUGGUUUUUCAUAAAGAUCUGCACUUAACUCCUCAUGAAGAAGAUUGUAGUUAGGGUAGUACAUUAGCAAUUUAUCAAUAGUGAACAAAGCCUCCAUUCUUUUUAAAUCUCUUGUGGCUUACCUAAAGUGACAUUUUGUGUGGAACAUAGUCCUGCAUUAAUUCCAGCAAUUAAAUGUGAUUAUAUCUGCCCUGCUCAAAAUAACAGACAUGCCAACUUAAAAUGGGGAGCUUGAUGAUUAAGUGUACACUUUGUAUAAAUGAAGCAGUUACUACACCUAUCAUGCAAUUAUGCAAUUUUCUCCCUAACUUGUGGGCAACAAAUUGUGAAAGAAUUUUUGCUUGGCUCUCAAUGGAACCCAUUCUAAAUAAAACACACUGACAUUUU